AGAUUAUUGAACAGCAUGAAUAGCCACAUUAUUCGAAUGCUGUUCCUAGUUGGAGUCACUUGUGCCGUGCUAAUUGCUGCACAUCCGCACGACAAUAUUGUCUUUCCGGAGGAUUCUAAUUAUGAUGUAUUGGAGGAAUCUGGUAGUGGGUACAACAGUGCCGAAGAGUUCAUGAACGCAAUGGAUGAUCUAGUCAGACGUUGGCAGGAGUACGAUGAAGCCCAAAAGAAUUCAACUGACUACUUAAGUGAUAGCUAUGAAGAGACAACCUUAGAUUCGAUUGAUUUUGUUACCAAGCCUGUAACAUUAUAGUGACUAAUAAAUUCUAUCUUAAUAUUAAGUUACCCUUUGAAAUGCUUGUACAUAAAUUAACUUAAAACAUUAAAAUGUAUUUGUUGCAAAUAAGUAGAAAAGAAAAACAUUAUAAUAAACUAGUUCAAUUUCUAAACCAA